AUGCAUAAUACACGACGAAAACGACUACCGCUAGAACCUUUUCAACAAGAUCUCACUACCUUUGAGCGAAGUGUCCGAAAAUCAGCUCAAAGGAAUCAGAUUAUGGCAGACGAAGACGGUAUCCCACCUGGUUUCAAUCCUGUGGUGGAUAACAGAGUUCCCCCACAAAAUCAGCAGAAUCCGCAGGAUGUGCAGGGAGAGAAUAAUGGAGGACAGAGAGUACGAACAUUGAUGGAGUUCUUUCAGCCAACUGUGGGCAACACUACUCAUGGUUAUUUUGCACAUCCUGUACUAGCGAACCACUAUGAGAUCAAGACAAGUGUCAUUCAACUGAUAGAAGCGCGCUGUCAAUUUUAUGGGCUACCCAGUGAAGAUCCGAAUCAACACAUCGCCGAUUUUUUGGAGGUGUGUAGUACAUUCAAGCUCAGCAACAUGACAAACGAUGAAGUUUGGCUGCGCUUAUUCCCAUUUUCUCUGAGGGAUAAAGUGAAGCAGUGGAUCCAUGCAUUGCCUAGAGCGGGGAUUAACAAUUGGUCAGAUUUGGCAAAAGCUUUCAUGAGCAAGUACUUCUCCAUGGCAAAGACUGCAAAGCUGACUAGGGAUAUUAUGCUCUAUCAGCAAAACGAUGGAGAAUCGAUACAUGAAGCGUGGGAGCGAUACAAGGAGAUGCAGAGGAAAGUUCCUCAUCAUCACAUCACUAGAGAGAAUCUGAUCCAAAAUUUCUACAAUGGGUCAACUGAGUUGGGGAGAAGCGCUAUUGAUGUAGCUGCAGGAGGGUCACUAAUGAGGAAGACGACCGAUGAACCAUUUUCUCUAUUAGAUGAGAUGGCCAUAAAUGGAUGUACUUGGCCGAACGAGAGGGCGAAAGUACCUGCGCAGAGAGGGGUAAUGGCAGUCAGUGUUGAUCCAGCUGUGGAGAGUCUGAAAGCGAAGAAUGCCUCACUGCAAGCUCAGGUUGAUAUUCUUAUGAGGCAAGCUGCAGGGAUGACUAUGGGAAAUGUUGCUGCAGUUCAGAGUAGCUGUGAAGUAUGUGGAGAUCCUACCCACGUGGAAAAUGGCUGCUAUGUGAUGAGACAGGCGUUUAAUGAGCAGGUCAAUUUUGUGGGAGGACGGCGACAGGGCAAUGAUCCGUAUGCUGCUACUUACAAUCCUGGAUGGAGGAAUCACCCGAAUUUCUCAUGGAAGGAUACUGGGGGUAAUGCCAACAAUCAGGCGGGUCCGAAUUUUCAAGGAGGACAAGGGCCACAACAGAAUCAGGGCAACUUCCAACAUCAGAACAAUAGACCUCAGCAUCCACCUGGCUUUCAGCAGAGAGAGCAAGGAGAGUCUCUUCAUAGUAAGGUGGACAAGAUGAUGGAGUUAAUGUUGAAGAAGGAAGCAGAGACGCAGCAAACAUUAAGGAAUCAUGCUGCCACAAUUCACAAUCUUGAGUUGCAGAAUCAGCAGACGGCCCAAGCACUUCAGACUCGAAAUCAAGGGGGUUUACCAUCCACUACUGAGGCAAAUCCGAGAGAGCAAGUCAAGGAAAUAACACUGAAAAGUUCAAAAGUGUUGCCUGAACCGCAUGCAGAGAAGGCUGGAGUAGAGGCAGAGAAGGAGCAGUGUGAGGGUGGUGCUACUGAGUCACAAAUUUCAAAAUCAUAUACUCCACCUCCACCAUAUGUUCCUAAGGUUCCGUUUCCGCACAGACUGAAGAAGCCACAAGACACUUGGAAGUUUCACAAGUUCUUGGAAACUUUCAAGAAGCUGCAGAUCAAUAUCAGCCUACCGGAUGCACUUAGAGAGAUGCCGCAUUAUGCAAAAUUCUUGAAAGACAUUCUGAUGAACAAGCGGAGCUGGGACGAGAGUACGACUCCAUUUACAGAGAAUUGCAGCUCAAUCAGUUUGAGCAAGCUGCCUACAAAGCUCGAAGACCCAGGGAGUUUUUCUGUUCCCUGUACUAUUGGUGAUUUACGAACUGCUAAUUGUUUAUGUGAUUUGGGUGCCAGCAUAAAUUUGAUGCCUCUUUCUUUGUUUAGACAGCUUCUUGGUGAUCAACAGGUGAAGACCACUCCUAUGAUGUUGCAGCUUGCUGACCACUCUGUCAAGAAGCCGUAUGGAAUUGUCGAGGAUGUUUUAGUUAAGGUCGACAAAUUCAUCUUUCCUGUGGAUUUUGUCGUUCUUGACUAUGAGAUCGAUAAAGAGUGCCCGCUAAUUCUUUGA